AUGGCCGAACAAAAAGAAAAAGAACAGCGAGAGAAAGAACAAAGGGAAAAGGACCGGGAAAAGCAACGACGUGAAAAGGAAACACAUCUACCUCCACCUGUAACGGCGUUCGUAAAAGCAGAAAAAAAGAAAGUGAAGAAGAGCAAAGAGAAACGGCGCAGCAAAGAGGAGAAAAAGAAUCAGGUUGAAGUGGUAGCUCCGAUUCCCGAUGACAACUCUGAAGAAGGGGAUGACGAUAGCUCAGACGUUGUCUGGAUUUGCCCUUCUUGUUCCGUAGCCUGGACUGAAGGCGCUACUAUGGUUUGCUGCGAUAUGUGUGACAACUGGUUUCACUGGUAA